GAUGACGACAAAGUAAUUGAUGGUUGUGUGCGCCACUUGCCGUGUAAACGCCUAUACUGUGUGCGUGUAAACUGCGACCAGAAACUUUGAUCCUUGGCCUUUCACCGUUAUAACGAGAAAUGCCGAAAGCCAAAGCCAAAUAUAAGUACCAAUGUCUCCAAAAACGAAAGAGGCGGAAUGAUUACUCUUUACGGAAAGCAAUAGAAGCUCGCCGGAAGGCAGCAUUACGACCUAAAACUCUAGCAGUCCUAUGUAAAAGAGCAAUCAUUAAAUACAAACUCCUACCCGAGAAAAAAAAGUUUACAACUCCCGAGACAUUUUCUGUUGUUGGUGGAAAACCUUUAAGAGAGAGAUCAGUAAAACCACCGCCAGAAAAGAAAGAAAAGAAAGGAAAAAAUCCAAAAAGCCUAGUGGCGCUUUGCCGAAGUGUCAUACAAGAAUACAACCUUUUACCUCAAUGCGAAGAGACUGAACAACCGGUAGCCAACGAAUUACUAAUUGAAAAAAGCGCACCUUCAAGAAAACGGGGAAGACCGCGAAAGCCAGAAUCAAUUAAGCCAAUACAGGAACCAAAACAAAAAAAAAAGAGGGGAAGACCACGCAAAGAUCAGACGACAUCAAAUAUUCAUGACGAAGCUUCCACUAGUUACUCUUCUUUUCUAGAACAAUCACAGGAUAUAAGUUACAGAAAAAUAAAAGUAGAACAAGACCUCUUCUUGGACCGGCCCCCUGAAAGCGAUCCUUUACAACAAGGUGAAGAUGACUACACUGUCAUAAUAAAAGAAGAACGCGUCGACAUUGAACACGAAGACUUCACUGGGCAUGUUCCUGUUACUAUCGAAGUUCCUCAAGGUACAGCUCAAGGAAUAAUCAUAAACCCAAUGGCGCAAGUAGAGGUAUCUGGUCCUUAUGGACGGAUAACAGCGGCAAAAACUAUGACCGUAGUCAUGGAUGAAUACCAGAUAUUUGCCAACAGUAUAGCUGAACAAUUACGAGCAUUGCCUCCCAAUAGAGCAUUACUGCUGCAACUUGAUAUACAAUCUAUGAUCGAUAAUGAAAAACAGCUUAUUGGACAUGAAAGUUAAUGUGAUACGUGUAUAAGAAUACAUGUGAUAUCAUAGUUUUACUAAUACUGACAGUGCUCAAAGACUGAUUGAUAACAUUGAACUGGUUAACUUUCGUCAGUGAUUAUUGUGAUUAAUAUUAUUUUUGAUUUCUUCUAGUGUUACAAUUUGUAUUUUACAGUACAUAUGGUGCUACUUUCUCGCACUAGUGCGUAAAGAACACUUUUCGUGCAUAUGUCGAAAGUUUAAAGGGCCAUAUGUACUGUAAAACGUUGUACGAUACAGCUGCGAAUAGGUAAUUCGCCACUCGUUUCGAAUUUCCUCUUUUCCGCACCUGUAUCGUAAAUAACUAUUAAGUGCAUUAUGAUUACUCUUUGUUUUAUCUUUAAGUUUUUUUAUUGUGUAGCUACUCUACUUUUCUUGUUUCAAACGCAAAGUAGAUAUCGACACUAACAUACAUUACAUUGUCAUUUGUGUCAGAUGAUCCGGUGACGGCCAUGUAAAGUAAAUAUUGUUAGCGUGAUCUUGUUCAGUUAUUUAAGAAACUAGACGUACAUUAAAAAUGUCCGAUCUUUUCCUGACU